CGAUAGAAGCCGAGGAAGCAAGCGCCACCUGCUGAUUGGGCAAGGCCGAGACUGGCCUUCUAGGGCCCGCCUACCCUGACUGUCACCCUGCGCAUCUGAGAGGCUGAGCCUCGCUGUCCAUCACGGACGAAGUUCUGUCAAAUGAAGCCUUCAAGCUGAUAAGACACGUGACCACCUGGGCAAGUUCUCCUCGACGGCUCCUUUGUUUGGAAUUGCCAUUCGUUUUAUCGGGAGUCAGAGAAAUCUGUGUGCGCGCAUCUCCGGGACAGCAGUCUCGCCGCUAGGCCAGAUAAAACGGUGAUGGCAUGCGCAUGCGUUAUAACGUUAGUCUAUCGCGCGCGCGCGCGCCCAGCUGUUUUGCGCCUGCGUUGAAAAGCCAAGCGUUCUCCCCCGACUCCGACCAUACGCGGGACUAUAGUGUGCGCAUGCGUGCUCUUGCUGCUCUCAUCUCUCGGUCGCCGGUGAGUGCGCCUUUCCUUCAGUGCUGUCCUUCGUUCACUUGGGGAGGAGGGAGGGGGCGCUUUGCAGGCUGUUUCGCCCGUUUGUGCAGAAUUCCCUGGGGAAAUGUGUGUGCGAGUGUAGCUCUUACUUGUCUGCCCACUUAGCAAUGAACCUGGAGUUUCCUACACAGGAACAAUUUUUUCCAGUGUCUUUUGCCAGCCGGAAGUGCAACAAUUUAGAAGGAAAACUGAGCUAAGGAGAGUGAGGAGUUCAAAGCUCAGCCUGAGCUGAGCCAGGGAAGCCCUCCUGAACUGAGGGGAGAGGGAAAGGAGAGCUUAGCUGCAGCAGGAAAUCACACUGAUUGUCACUGUUCCUUUAUAUGUGGAAAAGCUUGCAUAACUUAAACAUGAAUAAAAGUCCUCAGAGACUUAUAAGAGCUAUAUGAUGGGAUGUUGUACAUAACUGAGGGAGACAUGGUUAACAGCUACAAUAAGUCGUGCCCUUCCUGUGAUCUUUCUGGAUUUGUGGAGUUCCCUCCCUAUUACAAAUAACAGUUCUUAAAAUUAUGAGGUAUUUACUUGGGAGUAUCAUCAGUUGUGUAUACUUGAUCUCUUGCAGUUAUCGCUAUGGAAGUCAGCAGCAGAAUUGAGUGUAUCUUUUUCAGUGAAUUCCACCCAACACUUGGGCCUAAGAUUACAUAUCAGGUUAGUGGUACCAGACAUCAUGGUAUAAAGAAACUGGUCAGUAUAUAGUUGUGGGACAUUCAGAAAGCUGCCUUAUGCUAUGUUGGAUUAUUUGUCCAUUGAGCCCAGUACUGUCUACUCCGAGUGGCAGCUACUCUGGGGUCUCUCUCUGCAGCAUAGCUCUUCCUUGACAAUGGAAAACUGAUUUAUAAAAAUAUGUUUAGAUGGGUUUCAAAGGAGUCCAUAGAUCUCAUCUUGUGACUACUGAUCUGCAGAUUUAAUUUCUGACCCUGCAGGUACCAGAGGAUUUCAUUUCCCGAGAGCUCUUUGAUACAGUUCAGGUCUAUAUCAUCACCAAACCUGAACUGCAAAACAAGCUCAUCACUGUGUAAGUAGAAAAAAUCCACAUGAGUCUUGUAGACCACCCUUCCCCUUUAAUCAUGCCCAUCUGUGGCAAAGUAGCACAAAAAUAUUAUAUUCAAUAACAUUAAAAUACAUUCUCUCUCUUUCUAACAGUACAGCUAUGGGGAAAAAGCUAAUUGGUUGUCCAGUUUGCAUUGAGCAUAAGAAGUACAGCCGGAAUGCCUUGCUCUUCAACCUUGGCUUCGUUUGUGAUGCUAGAGCUAAGACUUGUGCACUGGAGCCUAUAGUGAAGAAACUGGCAGGUUAUCUUACCACUCUAGAGGUUAGACAUGACACAAAUAUGCCAUUCCACAAGAGGAUGUACAGAUCACAUAUUUUAGCAACAUGAAAGCUUAAUUUAAAGUGUCCUCUGCUUUGUUUUAUUGUUGUGUUUUCUUUCUUGUUCUGUUGAAUUGCACCUGCUGAACUCUGAAAUGGACCACCCAAACGUGCAAUCAGUGCUACUGUGAUAGAUGUGUUUGACUGUCACAGAUACCUGUUUGAGAGUACCUGUGACAUCACUGAUGACCUGGCAGAGCACUCUCCCUGUUCUUUCUUAGGGUACUGUGCAGUUGCUUUUGAAGAGUUUAUAUAUCAUCUUUAAGGUUGGUAAAGUGUGAAUAUUUACCUACUUUACCACAAGAGUAUUUCUGUCAUCUUCUGAGAAGAAAUUGUGCAAUUAUCUAAUUCCUUGCAACAGUGUUCUGCCAUGUUGAUGUUCUUUUCUAAUUAAAAAAAAUUUCAAUGAUACAUACUUUCUCCCUUCCCACCAGUCUCAAAAGCACACAUCUCCUGUUUAUUUGCCUAUUUGCUUCAAGAAGCAUAUAGCCUUUUCUCUUGUUUCAGGGCUGCUGCUUUAGCAGCAGGAAUAUCUUCCUAUCCACCUUAUUACAUUUGUACCACUUUGUUAAGUUUAUACCAAUAUCACACAACUGCUGCAGGAUUGUUACCUAUCCUGCAGUUGCACUAAUGGGGAAGUUUCUCCCAUUACUGUAUAAAAAGGGGUGUGGGGUUGUGUUUGUUUACAUACACACACGUAUAUACAUGCACAUUCCCCAUGAAAUAUUUUUAUUUAGUAUGGGAUACUUUCAGCACAAACUGCUACCUCUGCUUCUCUUGGUAUAUUUAAAGUUGCAUUUUGGUUGGCGCUAAUCAUCAACUUUGCUCUUUCCUAGCUUGAGAGUGGCUUCAUUUCCACUGAUGAGAGCAAACAGAAGUUGAUACCCAUCAUGACCAUCCUACUUGAGGAACUAAAUGCCACUGGCAAAUGCACUCUUCCUAUAGGUAACUGUCAACAAAAAAGUAGCAGCAAAUGCUCCUUUUCAAGUUGCAUGUUAUGUUGCAAGCUUGCAAGGGAUUCUUGGAGGAAAUGCAGGGAAAGAUGGAAGUGUGGCACUUUCAGAGCAGGAGAGCACUUAGAGUUGUGUUGCUCUCUCUCUUUUUUCCUCCAGUUAUUGAAAGAUAGAAAUAGUCCAGUUGCUGUAGAAUGUGGUGUAUUUCAGGAAAGGGUGGUAUAUGAAUAUUAAAUCCUACAUUGAUGCCCUUGAGUUUAGUUUUCGUUAGCUUCAAGAGAAUGGCAGAAAUGUCCAUUAAAAGUUGGACUUUCAAGCAAGUUCUUCCUGUCAUAGAUUAAUUAUUUCUGAUGUUCAGACGCCUUUAUUUUCCUGUCAGCUGUUGUCUGGCUCUCAUGACCAAGAGUGCAAAAAAAGAGAAGUUGUUGGUUGUCAUUGUUCAAUUAAUCUGGAUUAGCUCAUUGUUCUAAUUUCAUCAGGCUCCUGCUUCCUGUUUCAGGCAUGCAAUCCUGUCUGCUUCUAGGGACCCUUUUGUUCCCUCAUCUGAUAACUUUGCAAUUGGGAACCAAGCAACAAACUAAAGUUCAGACUUCAAAAUAUUUAGAUAAGAUGUUUUGGUUUACAUUUCUUAAUCAUUUAUUUCAUUAAAUUUAUAUUCUGCCAUCAUCCCAAAAGAGCCGGGAGUGGCUCAGGAACAUUGUUCUAAUUUGUAUGCUCUCAGGGUAGAACCACCCCAGUUGUGCUAUAUUUAAAAAGUCACAGCAUCAGAGUGCAGUGCAGAGGUCCAUGUGUUCCAAUUGCAGCUGUCCUGUCAACCAGUGUUAAGAUUCAGCUGCCAGCUCAAUGAACUUCUGUACAUAGAUUGGGGUGGGUGGAACCAUUUUGUACUUUGCUUCAGGCAGCAAAACAUCUUCAGAAGUCCCUAGCUCUGUCCUCUUUUGUUCCUUCAUACAGAUGAAUCAAACACAAUUCACCUGAAAGUGAUUGAGCAACGCCCAGAUCCCCCCAUUGUGCAGGAAUAUGACGUUCCUGUCUUCACCCAAGAUAAGGACGACUUCUUCAAUUCCCAGUGGGAUCUCACCACUCAGCAGGUUGGUACCCACAAUUGUCUUGUUUAAUACAGUAGUGUGAUGGUAGCAAAGGCAUCUUCACAGUCCCCCCACCCCAGCUAAUUAACCUUGCCUGGCCAUAGAAUUUUGUGGGAGAGGCUGGCCAUUAAAGUCAAUUGGCAAAUUAUCACAAGAAAUAUGUGAUUUUUAGGCAGCCUGAUCCUGUGCAAGUCUUCUGAGAAGAAAUGUGUUUCUGUAAGGUGUGCCUGUUUUUCUUUCCCUUUAACAUGUUACUCUUAUACUUACUGAUUCAUUUUUCUCAAUGAGCACUGAAUGGUACACAUGAGAAGAUUAUUCCCCAGAAUUUAAUAAUGAGAGGAGCCUCCAGUAUCAAAUUUUGUAGAAUCUGAAACACUAGUCACAGAUGACUUCAAAUACUGCUGAAGUGUACUUGUAUAGUUGGGUUUGUGUUACUGCUACUUUAAUAAUUGCUUCCUUUUGUCAUGUUGCCUGGAGGGUGGACAGGAACGCACUUUUCUAGUAUAGUAUACCUUAGGAAAAAGUCCUCUAAGGGGAUGCGGGUGGCAUUGUGGUCUAAACCACUGACCCUCUUGGGCUUGCCGAUCAGAAGGUUGGUGGUUCGAAUCCCCACGACGGGGUGAGCUUCCGUUGCUUGGUCCCUGUGCGCCAAAAAGUGCAAGUAGAUAAAUAGGUACUGCUCUGGCGGGAAGGUAAACGGUGUUUCUGUGCGCUGCUCAGGUUUUGGUGUUCCGUUGAACCAGAAGCUGCUUAGUUAUGCUGGCCGCAUGACCCAGAAAAAACUGUCUGCGGACAAACGCCAGCUCUCUCGGCCUGUAAAGCGAGAUGAGUUUUGCAACCCCCGAUUCAUCUGCGACUGGACUUAACUGUCGGGGUCCUUUAUCUUUACCUUUACCUUUGGUCAGUUUAAAGCAGCAUUACCCCUAUGGUUGAUGUGCAGGGGGUGAAUGAAGACCUUGGGGUCAAAAAGAAGUUUGAGGUAUAGUGGGGAGGGGAAUAAUUAAGAACUCUUAAGAUUCAGAAGUAAAGGGCAUGGGCAUGUACAGAGUGCACCUCCCUUGCCAGUGAGGAAUCUCUGUAUUUAAUCAGAGAUUUGUUUUUUUAUGAUUCCUAGUAGUGGUGACUUAUGAUUAAUAAAUGUUGAUUUUAUAUUGCUAUUUCACUUACAUUCCUAAGAAUUAGGGUUGAGGUCAAUGACAACUUUAUAAGCUCAUCAUGGUGUCAAUAAAGUUUGGGAAAUGCUGGUUUAUAAAGGAAAAAGGGGUAAUGAGAUGCAGGCAAACAUUAUUAAAUACUUAAUGUUCACACAUGUUUCAUACUGUUACUGCUUCCCCUGAUUCUGACCUGGAUACUGAAAGUGAAGAUUUUUUGAGUUCAGAUGUCACUUGAGCCUUCUACAUUCAUGUCAAUUCUGAGAUGAUCAGGCCUUGUCUUCCUAGUUGUGUGAAAAGUGUGCUUGUGCAUGUACAUCCCUGCUUAGCCUUGCAUUAUAUGCAUAUGCUCUGUUCCAAGAUCUUGCCGUACAUUGAUGGUUUUCGGCAUGUUCAGAAAAUCUCAGCUGAGGCAGACGUGGAGCUCAAUUUGGUUCGAAUUGCUGUCCAGAACCUCUUGUAAGUACCGGGUGCCAAAGGGAGAACAAGGCAUUAGCUUGAUUGCAAACCAGUUGGGAUUUUUAGAUUCAGUAGAUUUCAGCCCUGUUGUUUUCCUGUCCUCCAUUUCUUUUAGCUCUCUCUUUGCUCUACCACCUCUUACUUUGUCUGCAAUUCAAGCACAAUCAUCUAAAGCAAAAGGCAAACAAACAAACCCUGGAUUCAGAGCUAAACUAGACACUAAAUGUUUUACUCCGAACUUGAAGCGUGUUAGAGUGUGUGUGUGCGCGCGCACACACAUGUAGGCAUGAAGUGUAAAAUGUGGAAAUUUGGAGAAUCCUGUGCCUGGUGUCAAUUAACUUUAAAUAAUGAACUGAUGUCCUUUAGGGUGCAGCAUUUAGAGUCACACAUAUUUUGGAGUCUCUCAUAUAUUUUUCACACAUGCAAGUCACUACUUGUGACUGCACUGUGGAAACUUGUGCCUUUCCCGCUCUUGUCUGUGAGGGGAGGGUGGUGUCUUUCAUGUCAAGAAGCAUAGUGAAUACCAGCCAAGCAGAAAUCCCAGCACCUGUCUUAGAAUGUAAGUGUUGUUUAUUUUUAGGGUUACAGAAAUUUUGCAGGAUGCGCUUAACACUAUGUUAGCUAAAGCUAACACAUUUCCUGCAUGUUAAGCAUCUAUCCUGUCCUAAUGUCUUCAGUAUUACUAUAGGAUCUGUAUAGAAAUUAUAUCAAGUAUAUUCUUUACACUACUGUAUACUUUUGCACUCUUUUGGUGUAUGAAGUUUUAGCAUGGGUUUAUUUCUAAUGGCUGUCAUGUUUUUCAGAUACUAUGGAGUAGUGACUCUAGUUUCCAUACUUCAGGUGAGUUUAAUGGGUAAGUGGCUCAACAUGAUUGAACUGAUUUUAAGCAAUGUGAUGUCUAGUUCAUAAAUGUGCAUACAGUAGAACCUCUGCUUACAACCGCCUCCACUAGCAGACGUUUCAAAUUGCGACCACAACAAACCCGGUAGUAACAGGAGCGGCGAUCGCUGUUCGUGCAUGUGCAGAAGCGGGUGAUUGCCGCCUGCGCACAACAGCGCCUCUCCCAGCGACCCGUUUCGCCAUAAGGACGGGCCUCCAGAAUGGAUUGUGGUCGUGAGUAGAGGUUCCAUGUAUUCUGCAUUAGAAAGUUUCCCUUGUUUGCUUUAUGCAAUUUUCCUAAGUAAUCUUAAUUUUCACAUCCUUCAGCCCAGGCAUGUUCAUUACUUGACACUGUGUUCUACUGAUGAGAUGGGUUUGUCAAGCAAUCAUUAUGAAUUCCAAUGGGAACUGAAAUUAUUUAAGUGUACUGAGAUUUCUCACUUUCUUCCUCAGUACUCAAAUGUAUAUUGUACCACACCUAAAGUCCAGGAUCUGGUGGAUGACAAAUGUCUUCAAGAUGAAUGCCUCUCUUAUGUCACAAAACCAGGUAUGAAAGAUGUUUGUCAUAUAUUGGUAUAUAUUGAUCAUGAGUGUCCUCCAGUUGCAAAUGAUAUUUGAAAUACAUUUAGCUGGGUGUAUUUAAUUAGGAUAUACUUAAGUGUGAUCACCAGAUGUUUCAAUACAUUUUCUUGUAUUAUUUUUGGAUAGGUCACAAGCGAGCCAGUUUGAGAGACAUUUUCCAGCUCUAUUGUGGGCUGAGCCCUGGCACAACUGUACGAGACCUCAUUUGCCGCUACACGCUACAGCUCCAGAGAGUGGAUGAAAGGUUGGAGGGUGGCUUGUUUUAUAUUAUUUUUACGCAUGGGAAUGACUCUUCAAGUCAUACGACCUUGCUGUAUCCUCCUUAGCUAAUGUUUUCAGAUGGCUAAAAGAGGAGACCAUGAUUUGGCUAAAACUGGAAAGAAUCAAGAAGGUAGGGCUCAUGAAAUACCUUAAGUACCCUCACCUUUUCCCCUAUAAUCGGAACACUGCUUACUCUGCCAAUUACAAAAAGUAAUGCUCAGUCUAGCAAGCGACAGAAUGAGCCACUUACUCAUUCUCGGAGACUUUUCUAGGUCUCCUGUAGAGAUCAUAGGAAUUGUUCCUGAAAAGAACAAAUAUAAUUUUUGCCAUCCUAACAGCAAAGUUUUACAUUCUUUAAAUAGGGCUUAAUACUUUUUCUGAUACAAAUAUUGCAUCUGCUCUGUUACUUUAAUGCCUAAAUUGCAAACAGGUUUGUUUGCCUAUUAGACACAAAUCCAUUAGUUCUGUUAAGAGUUUAAACUGUAUUAUCUGCAUAUUAAUUUUUUCUUCAUUUCUGAUAUAUAUCCCUUUAAUAUUUUUGUUAAUUCUAAUUUUGACCACAAGUAACUCCAUUGUGAAAGAGCUGAGAGCACUCCUGUUUAGUCCCUAGAGAAUUCAUGUUUUGGACAUGCCAUUUACACAAACUUUGGCUAUAUAAAGAACUUUAAUUUAUGUAAUAAAUCUGUGUCCUUUCCUUGAAUGUUUUAGUUCUCUCUUUCAGGAAGCUCGUCCAGUUUGGCCUGAUGAAGGGCCUUAUUCGACGGCUCCAGAAGUAUCCUGUGAAAGUAGCCCGGGAUGAAAGAAGUCAUCCAGCCAGACUGUACACAGGUUGUCAUAGCUAUGAUGAAAUCUGCUGUAAAACAGGUAAGGAAUUAUCCGUCUACACUUAUCCACCCAGCAGUGAAACUGCACAUAGUUUACAGUCUACCAAGCAGCAAAUCGGAUAAAAAAACAACAUAACAUAGCAAUGAAAUAGGCAGUAGUAAAAGUGACUAAAGCACCCAAGUGAUAAAACUUGCACUGCAAAAGCCUGUUGAAAUGCAUGGCUUCACAACAUGCCUAGAACUAUUUAUUUCCUUAGAGUACUUAUAUAGCUCUGAGAGGUUGUCAGUGCAGCUUAAAAGGGGUUCUCAGAAUAAAAUCACACUCAAAUCUGGUACAGGAACAAAAAUUAUUUAGCAUGCAUCUGGAAGAAGGAUUAUUCAGGCUCUCCUUGUUCUUCCCUGUGGUCAGACAAAUGAGGGGUAGAACAACUGGAACAACGUUGCUUAGCAUGCCUCCAAUUCAGAUUUGGCACCGCCAUGAAAAGAGCACGGUGCACCAAAGAGUGUACCAAAAGAAUGAAUUAGGGAUACCCACAGUAUAUACGUAUACACAUAUGAAAUAGUAAUGCCCCUAAAUCUUGCCCAAUUACUAUUCCUCAUCAGGCUGCCAUAGCUGUGUUGCAAAUGAAUUGGACUCUUAAGAGCCUCCCGCAGGCUAUUACCGACAGGCUUGACUCAAAAAUUCUUUUAGAUUUUUGUUUUGGAGUGGGAUCUGUCAGUGGCAGCUGAAAAAAUUGUGACUGAUAGGGGGGUCCCAUACCUUCAAAAGGACUUUCAUAUAUCUGUCACCAUGGAGUCCUAUUAGUUGUACUUUAUAUCCUCAUUCACCAGUAUUUUGUGUUUCCUUCUUAGGGAUGAGCUAUCGGGAGCUGGAUGAAAGGCUGGAGAAUGACCCCAAUAUAAUUGUUUGCUGGAAAUGAGUCUCCAAAAAGGGGGGUGAUUAUUCAUCAUGUCCUGUUUACUACUGUGCUGCCUGGGACUGCUCACGAUUUCUUCAGAAAUCAUUAAAAGCAACAUAGCUCAAAUUGUGUGGCAUGAUGCACCAUUGGUGCCUAGAACAAGUGAGCUGGAUGGACUUGGAUUUCUUUGGAUUGUUUAGUGAAGAAACACGUUUUAGUGAAGAUCACAUUUGUCUGGGCAAAACACACAGAAGUUUCGGGAGUUCCAUUUUCGUUUAAAAAAUAAUUAAACCAAGUUUUGCAAUGCUAUGAAGUUGAGCAGUGGGGCAGGUGACUGCUUAAACCUGUUCCCAGCUACCCAUGGUGUUAUGGAUGUGUGUUUACAAGGCUGAAAUGCUGGUUGUUAUUAAUCUGGCAGUAUUAUCCUGUAGUAGCAAGAAAUCACAUAAUUCAUUUCCUUGUGUAAAGUAUUGAAGGAAAAAGUUCUGUAACAGACUUGUACAAAUAAAACAGAAAGAUAAUUUCAUUA